UCAUUGCUGAUAGGUUUGGAAACUUGACUUUUCCAGAGACCAUUAAUGGACUUCACAGACUUGUCCAGGCUGCCCCUGUCUCUCCAAGACCCACCCCCCAUUCCUGGGCAACCAGAGGAAAUCCAGCUGCUUAGUGAGGAGGCAACACCCAGAUCCAGCAGCAGCCCGAGCUGGUGCCAGUGCGGAAAUUGCCUCCCAUCCCAACUCCCCAGGAGUCACCAAUGCCUGGAGGAGCUGUGCUGUCGGAAAAAGCCAGGUGCCUGCAUCACAACCUCAGAGCCAUUCAAGCAGCUCAUCCUGUCCAGACGUGCCCUGCAGUUCCUCCUGCUCUACCAGGAGCCCUUGCUGAAGCUGGAUGCGGAUGCCACCAACAACCAGCUGCGGCACUGCGCCUACAGGUGCUAUGCCACCUGGCGCUUCGGCUCCAAGGACCUGGCUGACUUUGCGAUCCUGCCCAGCUGUUGCCGCUGGAGAAUCCGGAAAGAGUUUCCCAAGAGUGAAGGCCAGUACAGUGGCUUCAAGAGUCCUUACUGAUGGAACAGAGCAGUCAUAGGCAAAUUACUUCUGCUUGCACCCCGAGCUUCAGCAGCCAAGAUCUGUGGCCAGAUUUCCUCUGCUGCCACUCUGCAUGUGUCAGAGAGCAGAGAGACCCGGGUAAACAAACAAACCAGCCAGAAUGCCUCAACAUGGACUGAGAGUCGAGAGAUUCAGACGUCUGUCUCAAUUUUGCCCCUGGGAAGCUGUGUGAUCUAAGGCCUUUAACCUCUGUACCUCAAUUGCCUUACCAUUCAACCUACUCUCUUACAGAGAUAUUGGGAGGAAAAUUGAGACAGUGUAUACAAGCUUUCUUGUUAAUGCAUAGAGAGCUAUAUGAAUACAAAGCAACUCAUUAUGAGGUCAGACUAGGAUAAUGUCCAACUAUGAACAAACUCUUUGGGACUUGAGUCCUGGUUGGAGAACGUGAAGGAUUCAAAGUGGCUACAAAUUCCUUGGCCUUUGUCUCUCAGGACCUGAAGGUUAUGUCUCCUCCCCUUGCGCAGCUCUGAUUGCUUAUCCAAUAGUGGAAGUGAUGCUGGGUCAGUUUCAAGGUCUUGGUCUUAAGAGGCUGGCAACUUCCACUCCCUGUCCCUUGACACUUGCUGUGCAGGAAGCCAGACCUCAGGUAAAAGUCUGACUAUCCUGAGACAGCCCUGCUGUGAGCAAGCCCAAGCAACCAUGUGGAGAGGAGAGAUGACUGACCAGUCCCAGCUUUCAAAUCAUACAAGCCCAGUCACUAGGCAUGGGAGAGAAGACUUUAGACCCUUCCAGAGCCUGCUAACACAUGUCUGCAACUGCAUGAGACACCCCAAGUGAGAGCUGACCCAUGAAUGCACAGAACAAAAUUGUUUUAAGCCGCUAAGUUUUGAGUUCUUUGUUCUAUAGCAGCAGAUAACUGGGACAAGAGAGCAAGCUGGACUCUUGGGGACAUAGACUCAGCCCAUACCUUCCCUGGUCCUAAAGGUCUCAGGGAGCCUGGACCACCUCUGGAGCUCCUUAGGAGCCUAGGUUCCCAUUCAGCAGUUCUAGGAGGGCUGCAGAUGGAAUCAGGUAACUCACCAGCCCAGCCCUGGAAUCCAUCCAAUUUAACUGCCACGCUGCCCAAUCAUUUCAAUUGCAUUACAUUUCUACGACUGGAAAUAACCACUGC